AUGACGACGACUAUUACGACGACGUUACGCAGAGGAUCAUCUCUGAGGGGGGUAUCGUCUUCAUCGAACUGCUGCAAAAACGACGCGCUCGCCUUAAAAGCUUUAAUGGGGAAAAGACGUAGUGCGUCAUCAUCGAUUAGUUUUCCCCGGAAUCAUGAAGGAGGUCGGAAAAAACAAUCAUCUUUUGUCUUGAAAGCAACGAACGAGGACAACGAAAACGCAACACUCGCCACAGGCGAAAGGGAUUCUACCACGUCCUCCUCUGCCUCUGCCUCGACAUCGUCAUUCGAUAAAAACUUGAACAAAUUCGUAAAAAAAACCGCAACCACAUUCGCCCCUUCUUCGUCAGGAGACGCAAAGAAGAAAAAAAAUCCAGCGCAGAAAGGCACCGUCUUGUACCAAGUGUUUGAAGUCCAAGCGUAUUUGGCAAUCUUAAUCGGAGGUUUACUCGCAUUCAACGUGAUUUACCCAUCCGAGGAACCGACGAUUGCGAGAUUGAUGGGGAUGUGGUCCGUGUGGAUGUUUACGGUGCCGUCGUUGCGAGCGCGAGACUGCGGAGCGAAGGAGAAGGACGCGCUGAACGUGCUCUUCAUCGCGAUUCCAUUGAUUAACGUUUUGAUUCCGUUCGUUUGGAAAUCGUUCGCCGGGGUGUUCACCGCGGACGUUUUGUUGAUGUUAGGGGUAUAUUAUUCGAAAAAUGCGCCGCCGUUUGGCGAGGAAGAGUUGACGGUCGCGGAGCCGAGCGAAUAA